UGGGAGGGAGGGAGCGGGGAGAUGCUAGGCGCGCUCGAGGCGGACGGUGGCGACCGUUAGUUGACCCCGCGGACUGCGGCUCCCUGCUUUCUUGCCUGAACGCCGCUUGCCCCUCUUUCACCCAGGAUGUGCGCCCGCGGCCCGGCCAUCGGCAUCGACCUGGGCACCACCUACUCCUGUGUGGGGGUCUUCCAACAUGGCAAGGUGGAGAUCAUCGCCAAUGACCAGGGCAACCGAACCACCCCCAGUUACGUGGCCUUCACCGACACCGAGCGCCUCAUCGGCGACGCAGCCAAGAACCAAGUGGCCAUGAACCCCACCAACACCAUCUUCGAUGCCAAGAGGCUGAUCGGGCGAAAAUUCGAGGACGCUACGGUGCAGUCGGACAUGAAACACUGGCCAUUCCGGGUGGUGAGCGAGGGAGGGAAGCCCAAAGUGCAGGUGGAGUACAAGGGGGAGAUGAAGACCUUCUUCCCGGAGGAGAUCUCUUCCAUGGUGCUCACAAAGAUGAAGGAGAUCGCCGAGGCCUACCUGGGAGGCAAAGUGCAGAGCGCUGUCAUCACGGUCCCGGCCUAUUUCAACGACUCCCAGCGCCAGGCCACCAAGGAUGCGGGCACUAUCACCGGCCUCAAUGUGCUGCGGAUUAUCAAUGAGCCUACUGCGGCCGCCAUUGCCUACGGCCUGGACAAGAAGGGCUGCGCAGGCGGCGAGAAGAAUGUGCUCAUCUUUGACCUGGGCGGCGGUACCUUCGACGUGUCCAUCCUGACCAUCGAGGACGGCAUCUUCGAGGUGAAGUCCACAGCCGGCGACACCCACCUGGGCGGCGAGGACUUCGACAACCGCAUGGUUAGCCACCUGGCUGAGGAGUUCAAGCGCAAGCAUAAGAAGGACAUUGUGCCCAACAAACGCGCGGUGCGGCGACUUCGCACGGCCUGCGAGCGCGCCAAGCGCACCCUGAGCUCGUCCACCCAGGCCAGCAUUGAGAUCGACUCUCUGUACGAGGGCGUGGACUUCUACACGUCCAUCACCCGCGCCCGCUUUGAGGAGCUCAACGCCGACCUCUUCCGCGGGACCCUGGAGCCGGUGGAGAAGGCGCUGCGCGACGCCAAGUUGGACAAGGGCCAGAUCCAGGAGAUCGUGCUGGUGGGCGGCUCCACUCGCAUCCCCAAGAUCCAGAAGCUGCUGCAGGAUUUCUUCAACGGCAAGGAGCUGAACAAGAGCAUCAACCCCGACGAGGCAGUGGCCUACGGCGCGGCGGUGCAGGCGGCCAUCCUCAUCGGCGACAAGUCUGAGAACGUGCAGGAUCUGCUGCUGCUCGACGUGACCCCCCUGUCGCUGGGCAUCGAGACGGCGGGCGGCGUCAUGACCCCGCUCAUCAAGAGGAACACCACGAUCCCCACCAAGCAGACGCAGACCUUCACCACCUAUUCGGACAACCAGAGCAGCGUGCUGGUGCAGGUGUACGAGGGCGAACGGGCCAUGACCAAGGACAAUAACCUUCUGGGCAAGUUCGACCUUACCGGGAUUCCCCCGGCACCCCGUGGGGUCCCGCAGAUCGAGGUCACCUUCGACAUCGAUGCCAACGGCAUCCUCAACGUCACCGCCGCUGACAAGAGCACCGGUAAAGAAAACAAGAUCACCAUCACCAACGACAAGGGUCGUCUGAGCAAGGACGACAUCGACCGGAUGGUGCAAGAGGCGGAGCGGUACAAGUCGGAAGAUGAGGCUAAUCGCGACCGAGUGGCAGCCAAAAACGCGGUGGAAUCCUACACAUACAACAUCAAGCAGACCGUAGAAGACGAGAAACUGAGGGGCAAGAUUAGCGAGCAGGAUAAAAGCAAGAUCCUCAGCAAGUGUCAGGAAGUGAUCAACUGGCUCGAUCGAAACCAGAUGGCGGAGAAAGAUGAGUACGAACACAAGCAGAAAGAGCUGGAAAGAGUGUGCAACCCCAUCAUCAGCAAACUUUACCAAGGCGGUCCUGGCAGCUGCGGCGGUGGCUCUGGAGCUUCCGGGGGCCCCACCAUCGAAGAAGUGGACUAAUGCUUGCACGCAGUCAACAUGAAGUUCCUGGCUUGAAUUACCAACAACUUAAAGGGAGAAGAAUCUGGGUAAACUCUUCUACCUCUCCCAACCCCCCUUUAAUAAAGCCAUCUGACUAGGA